GCGGUGGGCUGCCGGGAUUGCCUGGGGAGGGCUCCGGUGUCUGUUAGCGCUUGUCUGGGCGCGUUGCGGAGGCCGCUGUGGGCCGGAAUCCGUGUACCCCGCAGCACGAUUUGGCGUUAAUACCAGCGGAAUCGCACGUGAAACCAGCGGGUUAUGGGGGUUGGGGCUUCGGCAGUGUCUCUGCAGGAAAACUGACCCUAGCCAUAGUCUGUGAGGUGCAGCGUCGCAGAUUUUGAUGCAGGUAAUGCAAAAUUGAGUUUAGCGACCAGUGGAGCUGGUUUUGAUGCAGCUAAAUCGUGUAGCUCAAGGCUAAAAAAUUUGUAAGGAAAAAUGCCCAGCAGUAGACUCGGACAGAGCUACUUGUCGCCAAGUGUAGCCGAGGCAUCUGUCGGUACGUUUUAAUGCCGCAUAUCCCACCGUGGUUCCUCGAGGGGCAUGGCCGGCUCACCAGGAGCACCGCUGGCAGCGUGGGGGAAAUGGGCUUCUGGUUAAUGGAUUUGGAUUAUUAAGGUUAAAAGGGUUUGAUAUCCUUAGAAACAACUCAUUCAGUGUUCCCCAGCAAAACCAGAAAUAGAGUGCGAGUAUAACAUUACAACCCACAGCACCAUUCCCUAGUUCGCAUGGUUUUAGUAGUAAGGUUGAUCCAUACGUUGUAUUACCUGUGUAGGUUUAGAACGGUUCUCUGCUUACUCUCUGGCUGAACAUCUCCCGUGGUGUCUGUCUGUCUCUCUCUCUCAGUAUUCUGAUAAGCAAAUGUAUAUAAAUAUACCAUUUGCUUGUUUCAAAGAAUAGGGUGUGUUUUCUGCUCUACUGAUGUGGAGAUUCUCUGAAAUACAAGCCAGUGACUUACAGUUGCAAAGCCUGCUUUUUUUUUCUGAUUGGAAGGAAAUACAAAACAACCCAGUCUGAACUCCAGUUAAAAAUCAGCUGCCACUUAAGAUGAUGUAGAAGUGUGAAGCUGAGUUUUGAAAGCACCAAGGGCUUCAGGCAGUUCCCACGGGUGUUACUGUGAGCCCAGGCUGAUCAGGCACAGAAGCAAAAUGUUUAUUUUACAGUCAGUAGGUUAUAUUUCUUAAUCACUAUGGCAACACUGAUGGAUGGACCAAUGCGUUUUUAUCAACUUGUGUACAUCAGCAUUCUGUCUACAGCUUGUAGCAGCUUGCCUGAAAGAUUUCUGGAAGGGCCACGCCACAACCUACAAAUGAAAUCUUGUAAUUUUCAGCACAUUUUGUCCUGGCAGGCAAAAAGUGAUCCAACUAUGCCAACAUACUAUCGUGUGCUGUACACUGACCACAGGAAAUGGAAGGUUGCUAAACAAUGUUCAAAUAUUACACAACUCUCCUGUAAUCUGACAGAUGAUUUUGAAGAGGAUUCCACUGAGUAUUCUGUAUUUGUUCAGAGUUUCAUAGGAACUGAAGUAUUCAAUUCUUCUGUACUUCGUUUUAUGCCAUCUAGUGACACAUUCCUGGGACCACCAGAAGUUAAUAUCAGUUCCUGUCUAAACUGCAUAAAUGUCACCAUAAAGCUGCCAACCUCUCACUUCACAAAAAAUGGAAAGUUAAUGUCUUUAACUGAUAUAUAUAAAGAGCUUGAUUAUGGUAUAACACUGAAAACACCUGAUGGAGAGCAUAAGAGGCCACUUGAGAAAACCAAUGAAGAAAUUUUUAGUACUGUCAUUGAAGAACUGUAUCCAAAUAGAAAUUACUGUGUGUCUGUUAUGAUCACUGCAUCUCUGAACAAACAUUGCAUCCCAUCAGCUUGGAAAUGUAUAACUGCAGACGCUGUAGCUCAACAAGAUUAUCAUAUAGUUACAAUUGCAGGUGCUGUAUGUUUUUCACUGAUGUUAGCUGGUGCCCUGAAGUGUAUGCAUGCAGGAGGUUAUAUUCUUCAAAAAAAAUCACUUCCACAUACCUUGGUAUUCAUCAGGACAUUAGCCUAUUCACCUUGCACAUUUGAAUCUGAAAAAAUAGCCUCUGUAGAGGUCAUUUACAGAGAGGUUAAAAAAAAGGCAAAUGAAUCCUGUGGUGGUGUCAGUGAUGAAGAUGACAGCGAUGACAGUGACAGCGAUGCCAUAAGUAAUCAUGACUAUACAAGGCGUGGUGUCAUAAGUAGAGCACCUCAUUCCUCUGACACGCCUAAUGUAUUUGUGCAGUACUCUGCAAAUAGGAUGCAUGAUGACAGCAGCAGCCAGGCAAGUGAAAAUCCAGACACUGAGCAAGAAGAUUUUGAAGAUCAUGAGUUGGACAUUGAAGAAGACAGACACGGAAGCAGUGAGUUACUUAAUACUUUCUCUGAGGUAAAUUGUAACUAUUCUUCUAGGCGAAGGAACAGUGCUUGCUUUAUCAUUAACCUAAAAACUGUGAUGUUGGGAACCUCUGAAGAGAACGUGGAUAGUUCUGCAGCUCUUCUUUCUUCCCAAGAAGAUGCAGUUGACUGGCAAUGUACUCAUGCUUUUGAAGCAAAACUCCUGGAUGACACAGAAAGUGUGCAGAAGCCACACUGUCCUAACAGCUCUCAUGAAUGGCAAAAUUCCUCUCAGUCUUCUGAUGAACACGACUCGUCAGAUUCAGAUACAGACCAAAAAACUGAAUACAUAAGAAGAUGAAUAAGUGAGAACCACUGUUAUUUUGUAACAUGAAUCGAUAUUGUCCAACUUCUGUUUCUGGACUCAACAUACAAAUCUUGUCUUUUUCUUUCUUUAACAUUCAGAGAGUAUAUGUCUGAACACUGAAAAUACUCAAUGCUCAUUUUUAACAAAUAUUUCUCUGAUCUCUCCAGGUUGUUCCAGGUAUAGUUCAGGUUGGAUUAUCCACAGAGAAGCAAAAAUGACUGUUCAGAUGCAGUGGAAAGAGUAGUUUCAUUUUUGCAGUUUGAUAGUGAAGUAUACCUUUUAAUUGUUACAAGUGAGAAGGUAGUUUGCAGUAUAGGAAGUUGUAAGUGUUGGUCUCUCAACCAGACCACUUUUUAAUUUUCUUUUUUGUAUUCUUUAGUUCUGUUAAUGGAUUACUCUGAAACCUAUUUUGCUGGAUGAUUGCUGUAUUCAAGUCAGUGAACUGGUAUCUACAUUUGUGCAGAGAAAGCUGAUCAAGUGAAAUGAUGGGGACAGAGAUAAGAAGGCUCACCUUACAGGAGAGUUCCUCUUAAUGUGAAUUAAGGCAUUCAAUACACCUUUUUAUAAUUUUUUAGUAUCAUUGUGUGCAAUUAUUUAAUAUUGCGCUUCUAAAAAAUCUUUUAUGUCAUUUAAAAGUGUACAGUUUAACAUUUG